AUUUCGCGGCCAAAUAGCACGCUGCCUCGCUGCGAUUGAGGGAGGGGUUUUAAAGUCGGAUCGAUGCCAAAGAAAAGUGAGGGACAAGAACUCAUCGCAGAGGUGUUCGACCUCCUCGCUGUGGCGGUCCUAGAGCAGGAGUUUGACGAAGACCUUGGUGGUCAUGCGCCUGUGGACAUGUGGGAGGAGCUGUUCCCGGUCGAGUCUAACGUUGAGGACCUCUUCGAGCUACUACAGAUGAUUUUGUCGCGACGCUACCUCUCUCCAAGAGAGAAUAUUCAACGAAGUCACGAAUUUGCUGGCGAGUUCUUCAUGAAUUUACCAGACAACGAGCUCAAGCAGCUCACACGAAUGACACGUCCAGCGUUUGAUCGCGUCUGCCCUGAAAUCUAGACGUACAGAGUGUUUCAGAACAACAGCAACAACAAGCAAGCUCCGGUUUGGCUUCAGCUUGCAGUGGGUCUUGAUAGGUUGGGCACGAAUGGUAAUGGCGCUUCUACAGGCCGUAUCAAGUUUAUAUGGGGCGUUGGACGCGGAACACUAGAUCUCUACACAGUUCGAGUGGUGAUUGCUUUAAAGGAUUUGUCCGAC